AUGCCUUUUGAUACAGUCGAAAGAUCUUCAAAGAGAAUACGGGCCGAUAUGUCUUCUCAUAACGAUGAUGACGAUAAUUGGUACAUGCAUGAUACAACAUCAACAUUUGAAAUAUACCACUCCUCCAAAAACGACUCAGAUCGCAAUUCACCCUUGCUACCGCAGGACUGGACUAAAUCCUAUUCGCCUUAUGAUAUCAGCCAUUAUCCAUAUCAGUCCUCUGUUCUAUCUUCACCGCCUAUGGAUUAUAUGCUUCCUUCCACUCCUGCUACAGUACCAAUCGAUAUCCCUUACUCAGUGAGCUCAGAAUAUAUUGAAUCCUCCAUCUCUCCUCAGUCAAAUAACUUUUGGCAAGACGACACUCAACUUCCUGCAUUCUCUCCUGUCGCCACAGAGCCUGUUCAAUCACCUAAAUCAUUACUAGUCGAUUCCUUGAAUAGCUCCCCUUCAUCCAUGAUUACUGACAAUCCCAAGUUUACCGAUGUUCUCUCCAAAAUUCAAUUUUCCUAUAGCGAUGUUGGCAUCAACCUAGAAGCCAAGAUUACAAAUGCAUCCGACUUGAGAACAUUAAUUGAUGCUUUUAGUCAUAUGUGUUCAUCCUCAUCCUCAUUAUCAUCAUCUGCAAGUGUAACACAAUCCUCGCCUAUUAAGGACAAAAUGCUACUAUACAAAAACAAGAGCAAUAAUACAAAGCCCGUCAAUUUCUUUGCUUCGACCAAUCGUUUAGGCGAAAUUUCCAAUCCUCAUUCAAGUAUUCGAAAUGUACGUCAAAUUGCGGAUGCCUGUGUCAAUACAUUCUUUACUUGUUGGGUGCGUUUCAAGCCCAUCUUAAAACGAGACGAGUUUAUGGCCUGGUAUAAUGCACAAGAGGAUCCUACUGAUACUCUGAUUGUCAAUGCCAUGUGUUCUUAUGCGUUUCGUCAUACCGUCAUUCAUCACCCGCAUCCCGCAUUGAACCAUUUCUUGAAAGAUCAAGAUAAACUCAAGGAGCAAGAAGAAUAUUUCUUUAGUCAGGCCCGUGAAUGCCUUUCUCAGUCGUUCGAUACGCCAGAUAGAUAUACCGUAGUUGCUCUCUUGUUCAUGAGUAUUCGUGCUGAACCUUUGAAGCGUCAUCAUUACGCUGGUAUGGCUGCCUCGGCUUUACAUGAACUGGAAAUCUAUCCUCGCAUGAUGACGGAAGAUGUUGACUCAUAUGAAAAAGAAUUAGAUACAAGACUAUGGUGGUUUGUUUGGGCCAUUGAUUUCUCUCUCUGGACUGCAGGUGCUCCCAAGAAUACGCCUCAGCCUCGCUAUCCCGGUGAAGUCGAUUUACCUCAAGUGUUCGAACAAGAUAUUGAUGAUGCCGAGAUUGGUGUGAUUACUUUUAUUCAUUGUCUCAAACUAUGGCGUAUUCAAGGAGAUAUUGUCGCUGCCUUGUAUGAUUGUGAGAACUCAGAAUUGACUGUCGAACAAUUGACCGAGUACGAUCGUCGUCUUUUGGACUUCCACAAGGCUUUACCUCAAUAUCUGGUGCUUGAUAGUGGAUUUGAAUAUGGAUGUGAAGACCUUUUUUUGGCUUGCUUGCGUGUGAAUAUUGAAUAUAAUGCCAGUCGUAUCAUUCUCCAUAAAUUAUUUAUACCUGAAAUGAAUGAUACUCGCCCUAGUCAAACCUCGCUUAAUUCACUCAAUAUCUGUCUGUCUACAGCACUGACUCAACUUAGUGCCAUCAAGACGUGUAAUAUGGCGGACGUAGGUCGCUGUGCAUUUGAUCGUGAUGAACUCUGGCGUGCUGCAGAGGUGAUUUCCGUAGCAAUGGAUAUCUACCAUACCUGUGUCUCCCCCGACGACCAAGCCAAGAUUACCAGCGGCAUCAAGAUGGAAGACUUUACCAACGGUCUGGAUAAAUCCUAUGCUGUGUUACAAAAUACACGCGAAUUCCGGUUUUCGUGCAAGAAUUGGUUUCAAGUGGCAGACUGGAUACAGGUAGAAAUUCGUCGACAUCAGCUAGGUGCUUCCUAUCCCGUAGACCCUAAACGGCCAGAAGAAUCGUUGGAGAAUAACCGGCCUGACUAUUUCCUGGUCCAAUUAAAGCCUACAGCGGUGAUCAAGCCAGAAACCAUCCAAAGUGAAAUUCGAAUGGUCCCCGCCAAGGUGAAAUCGGUGACGGCCUCAAAGCAGCCUAGGCGAUCGAUCUCAUUUCAGAACCAAUUUAGUGUGCAACAGCAGCCUUCGUUACCGAAUACAAGCACAUUUUCAGUCAAUCAGCAGCAAAAUGAUCGAAGACCGUCAUUUUCAAGCGCACCGCCCUUUGUACAAUUUAAUGCAUACACACCACCCGAUCAAAAUCAAGCAGCUCAAGGCGCAGGCAAAAGUCAGGCGCGCUUCCGUUACUUUAAUCCACGUAAAAUGAACAAAUUUCUCUUUAUUGAUGAGCAUCCCAUGAUGUAAUACUCUUUUUUUCAUGCAACUGUACAGAACCCAUAUGAAAAACAUAAGCCCUCUCCCUCUCUCCACACACUCUAUAUUAAUUUGUAAAUACCCCUAAUAAUAAUAAUACUGAUAAUAAAAAAAAUAGUUAUAUGAUUCAAU